AUGACAAGUCCCAAAUGGCAUAGGUACUUUGAUGACAGUGACGUUAGUGAUUGGAGUAUCCUCAGAUUUCAUGAAGCAUGGAUACAUGAAAAUAAAGAUGAAAUAAGAAGGUUAAACUAUCAAAAAGCAAACGAUGCUCUUACAAAAAGUCUACGUUCUCUUAUCAACGAUUGUAAAGACGAAAUGAAGAUGCAGGAAGCCGCGAGACUUUUGGCAAAUAAGGCAAGUACAUCAUGCACAUCCUAUGUUGUUCAUGCUAGGAGGAAUCAACUGUUUGCUGGUCCUCUGAAUGCCUGUUUGGAUGCAUGA